UAGUCUUUUAGAAUAGCUUGACAAUGUCUCUUUCCGAGUAUUUCAUAUUUCAUACCUCUAAAAAAUGGUAAUGUCUCUGUAUUUCAUAUUUCAUACCUCUAACAAAUGGUAAAUUAUAUUGCCACAGUUCAUCAGGUUCGAUCGAUAAUAUUUUUCGUACUACCAUAAUCUAUAUGUCACUUCCUAUAUUUCCUCUUUGUUACUAUAUCUGCAACUAACUCUUCCUUUGAUUAUGCCUUUAAUUUAACCCUUUGUUUUCCAAAAGUGGUAUCUCAUAUUCAGGUAUAGAUUAAUUGAGUUGCAUCUUAUAAGUUUGAUGAUAUUUUUGGAGAAAAAUUAUGGAACCUGAUCAAGAAGAGCAUGCUCUUAUUGAAAGAGAAAAUGUGGUGCCAAAUCCUUCAGGAUCCGACGUGCUUGCCUCUAUUCAACGAAGGGUGAGUGGUCCUACAAGAAGAUCAACCCAAGGAAGAUGGACAGCGAAUGAGGAUAGACUUUUGAUUGAUGCAGUGAACAAAUUUAAUGGAAAAAGUUGGAAAAAGAUAGCUAAAGCUGUUAGUGGCAGAACAGAUGUUCAAUGUUUGCAUCGUUGGCAGAAGGUUCUUAAUCCUGAUCUCAUAAAAGGACCUUGGACACAACAGGAAGAUAAUCUACUAAGUGAGCUUGUCAUGAUAAAUGGGAAAAAAGAUUGGUCUCGUAUAUCAAAAUCUCUUCCAGGUCGCAUAGGAAAGCAAUGUAGAGAAAGAUGGUUUAACCAUUUAAAUCCAGAUAUAAAAAGAACUGCAUGGACCAAAGAAGAGGAGUUGAUUCUUAUAAAUAAUCACCAAAUAUAUGGGAAUAGAUGGGCUGAAAUAGCCAAAUUUCUGCCUGGAAGGAGUGAAAACAAUAUCAAGAACCAUUGGAACUGCUCUCUAAAGAAAAGGGUUGAUCAAUUAAAGGACUCUAUGAAUACCACGAUAUACGACAACACACAAAGUUUGGACUCAAAUACUGAUUUUGAUAAAGCUACCUCAAAUAAAACAAGUAUUGAAUCUUGUGAAGGUCAAAUCAAUGGGAUCAAUGAUGAUACUCCUCAAAGCAUAAACAAUGAUACAACAACCUUUGAUGUUAUGAACAUUGGUCUUUUAGCAACACCCAAUACUUCAAGAUCUAAUUCCAUUUGUGAUAAUAACCCAUCAAAUUCUAAAGAAAAAUCAUUUGAUACAAGUCCAAGCCUACAAGAUAUUUUUAGGACAUUAAGGAAUGCUGCAAGGAAAUUUAAAAACAUUCCAUCUAUCCUAAGACGACCCAAAAAAUAUUAUUGUACUUUAUAAAUUUUGACACCCCAAUAUAAAAAUUUAAGGACGAGGAAGGAUGAGAUUGAUUUGUAAUUGCUUUCUUUUUUAGAAUCAUUUCUAUUUCUUUUGUUACUAAU